GUCGAUGAAGGAAUGAAUGAAUGGAUGGAUGGAUGACUCAAAAUCAGUCGACGGACAACCUCAUCACAUACCUCCUUUGACACUCGUCCUCUGAAGUGCGUCUCUCAGACUGCAAGCAUGUAUUAAUCUGCCCGUUCCCCCCUCUCUCGUGCACACGGAUACAUCCAUCCAUUCAUUGAGUGCCAGAUGCACAGCGCCGCAACAAGCACACGGUUGUGUGCCCUCUGCAGCAUAUGCACCCAUGACGCCACACGCACAGACAUGCACACACACACACCAAGUGAGUCCAGUGAGUGAGAUGAGGAGACACCUGUAAAGGAGAAAAAUCAGGCCCAACGGCGGAGUGAGUUCGAGUAACCUUACUCGGAAUGCAACCAUUGCAAUCAUGCACAACGGAGCGAGCGACCUUCUCAGAGCUAGAGAAGGUCCACUGAUGAGGAAGGGGUUAAUUACUUCGUAGACAGACAGACAGACAGACACGACAGCACCUUCCUGGUUUGAAAAAGAAGGCGACACGGAGCAGAGCAGAACACACACACACGGCAUCAUACGUGCAGAGAAUAGCCGCAUUUUCAGCAAAUGUUAAUACGUUUUGCUGAAGGCCAUGAAGAUACACGCACGCACACACACUUAACACACACACGGGGCACACAUUGGCAUGAGACAGACAGACAGACAGACAGACAGAGAGGCGCAUGGACCAACAGACAAGCACAUACGAGAAACAUCAUGCCCCUGAGAAGACGGGAGAAAAAGAGGCAUCGCACGGACCCACACACCACUCCCACCACACCCGUCUCGAUAAUUGUACAUGCGCCAUAGCAGGCGUACGGGCAAGAUCACCCCUUGCUUGGACGCCCGAUGCCCGCCAUCAUCUCUUCGUUCGCGGGCUCCCUUACUUGACUGAAACAAGAUCCAUCAAUCCAUCUCUCUAUGUCGUUGAUUGAAGAAAGAAUCCCCCCAUCCACAGACACACAGAUGCGGAUGGGUGAUUCAAGAAACAAGACACACAUACACACACACACGUACGCAGAGAGACGGGCAGAGAGAGAGUGAGAGAGAGAAGGAGACCCCUCCAUCCCCUCACACCACACCACACCAUCACUGGAGAGCUGCAAACCCAUCGGUCACGUCGUCUCCCUUGCUGCGGUGGUGCAUCACCCGCCCCAGCAGUGUCGGCCCCCAUGGCGUCCCCUCACACUGCUCACCGACACCAGCACUACCAGCAGCCGACACAGACGCACCACCCCCACCCACCAGCCCCCGCCCCGUGUCGAUCUUGAGCCCGCGGUAGCUCUCGGCGAGGCUGGCACGGCGCGCCAUCUGGGGGCCCUCGACCUCGAGGUCUGCCAGAGGUGUGUCCAUCCGGCUGGGCGACGGACGCACUCGGGGAGAGGGGGGAGAUGGGGAGAGGGAGGGUGGGCUCCAGAUGGUUGCUGUGUGCUGGCUGUGUGUGAUGGUUGAGUAGGGGCAGGGGCAUGGGUGGUGCAGCCAGUGGAGGAAGGACGUGGGCAGGGUGUCCUGCUGGUCCCACACACGCUGCAGCAGCUCCACCGCACCCUCACCAGCACCAACCUGACGAAUGACACACAUGACGCGAGCGAGCGAAUGACACACAUAGAAAGAGAAUGGCUGCCAAUCAACCAUGACACCCCACCCCACUCACCGCAUGAUGGUGUGUCGACACUGGUGUGACGGGCGUCCAGGGCUCCCCCCCGUCAGACGACACCCCCCCAACCGCCCAGCAGUCCUCCUCGUCCCCCCACGCCUUGCUGCUCAGCGAAGGCAGCGGCGACAUCGGCUCCACACCCGUCUGGCUGGGCAGCAGGAUCUUGGCUGCACGCGGGGCGUCGAACCGCUUGGACUGCAGGAUGAGCCGACCGUGGCGGUCUUCGUACAGCCGCACGGACGAAAAGAACGGCUCGGCCGUCAGCACCUGCGACAGCUUCGUGAAGCCGAACGUCGUCGGCUGCAGCAUGGCGCGGAAGCUGCGUGAAUGGCACAGCGCAAACACGAGAAACAGGGGGCAGUGAAUGUGUGUGCACCGCAUCAGGAAUGAUCGGUUCUCUCUCUGCCGUACCCCCGCUUGCGCGCUUGUGUGCGUACCGUUCGAGCAGUCUCUUCUUGAGCUGGGCGAGCACGAUGCCGUUCUGCCGCUCAUCCAGCACCUUGACCAGCCGGUCGCACCACAUCCUCGCCAGCCCCAUGCUCUUGCCCGCACACACAGGCACCCUCUCCGACACAGACACAGUGGGCGACCGGGGCGACAUGCACGACGAUGCAGUGGGGCUACGGGCACCGUCAAUGGACGGGCUCAGCCGGCCAAGCAGGACUGGCCCAGCCAUUUGUGUGCUUGGAGUUGGGCUGGACGGCCGUGUGGUGGUGGUGGUGAUGAGGGUGAAUGGGUCCGGGGAGGCGGGGGGGACCACCGACAGACGGAAGGGGGAGGGCGAUGGGCACGGUGAUGGGGAGGGGGAGGGGGAGGGAAGCGGCGAAGGGGAGGGGUGGUGCUUGGCGGGUGUCUUGGUGCGUGGCUUGAAGUCGGCCAGGGCGGCCUUGGUGAGAUUGUGGCACGCAGAGGACGGCUGCAGCAGACUGAACACCAGACAGACAGACAGACAGAGGAGGCAUGAGUGUGAGUUGGCUGGGGGAUCGGUGCGUGUGGCAGUGUAGCAGGAACUGAACCUGUUUUCGUAUGCGAGGAAGCCGUAUGAGAUGGCGAGUUGGAUCAUGUGGCAAAGCUGCCCCAGGGAGAGCUCCUUGAGGACCCCCGUGGCGGUCUGCUUGAACUCUGCCGCCAUGCCGUAGCGACCGCCCUUGAACUGAUGGUAACCCAGGUUGUGCCCUACACACACCCAUACGCACACAGAGCAGCACGGUGAGCCUGUGUUUGGUGGCGUGUGGUGGCGAGGGGGGUGCGAUGAACUCUCCACUCACUCUUACCUUCUGGCCGUUUGCCGCCCUGUCCAUGCUGCAUGGGUCGCCUGAUCUCGGCGAGGAAGGCCCGCCACACCUCCGCAGCGUAAAGGUUUGACGGGUCCUUGGGAUCAACCCACGAGCCUUCCCGACCUGCACGCACACACAACAUUGCAAUGGACGCAAACACAGAGAGAUGUAGAUGUAGGCACGCCCCGGCACAGCCACCUACCGGCCAGAUAUAUAUAUGUGCCCGACUGCCCGGGCUGCUGCUGCGGUGACGCUGACAAGGCUGAGGGCGACUUGGAGCCCUUGUUGGCCGUCGCGCCACCCACUCGCGACACCUCGUAGCGGUCCAGGGCCGUACAGAUGAAGACCAAGUUGUUCACGUGGUAGGCCGGUGCAUGUCGCUCUUGCAAACGGCGCACCACCUGAUGGCAUAAACACACACACACACACACACACAAACAGGCAUUGCACGAUGGACGGAUACACAGGCAGGCAGGCAGGCAGGCAGGCAGGCAGCGGGCCUUCCUCUGCUCCUUACCUCGCUGGUUGCGGGCCUGAUCUGGUCCCGGUAGAGAGACUCGAGUGCUUCGUCGAGUAUGCGGAGGUCAUCGUUGGGCACUGAGGGGCUGCUGGUGGUGGUGGUGCUGGUUGUGCUGGCGGUAUGCAUGCCGACAGGCAGGGCGAGAUAGAAGGGAAGGGAAACAAGGCGGCUGAGUGUGACCUGACUGGGAGCUGGAAUGGAUGGAUAUGCGCACUCGGGACGGAUGAAGGGAGAGGAAGGGCAGAAUGGCAAAGGAGGUUGCUAGAUCAAAG